AUGGCUUUCGGCGGUGCUGCGCUGAAGCUCAUACAGACGCUUCUGUAUGCGAUCGAGUUCUGCUGUGCCGGCAUAAUUCUGGGCAUCUACAGCUACUUCCUCUCCGUCCUCGCCGAUCGCGACAUUCCCAUCCCCACCUGGACGAAGGCCGUCGAGGGCCUCUCGGGCGCCGCCGUUCUUUACACCAUCUUCGCGGUCCUGCUUACCUGCUUUUUGGGCGGAAAGACAUUCUUUGCCUUCCUUGGCAUUGCCCUCGACAUCGUGUUCUGCGGAGCUUUCAUUGCUAUCGCCAUUCUCACUCGCGAUGGCGCCUCCAGCUGCAACGGCAACGUGGACACUCCGCUCGGGAGUGGGCCCUCGGACUCGAAACAGGGCUUCGGCAGCGCUGGAGAGGGUGACCAGUAUACGUAUUCGGUGUCGUUGGGAUCUGCUUGCGAGAUGAACUCCGCCUGCUUUGCCGUCGCCAUCAUUGGAGCUCUCCUCUUCCUCGUCUCCGCCUUCGUCCAAGUCGCCCUCCGCCGCCACCACAAGAAGGAGAAGCGCUUCGGCCCUUCGCCAGCCAACGGCUAUACUGGCGGCUCGGGCGUCAAGUUCUGGCAGCGCCGCCGCCGGCACACCACCCGGGGCGGUCUCCGCGACCCCGAGAUGUCUGCUGGUGCCCCCGCCGCUGGUAUGCUUGCUCCUGGUGUUGGUCACGAUGUGCGCCCGUCGCACGAUACUGCCUAUACUGGCUCCACCGUCGCGCCCACCUCCGCGACCUACGAGAGUCCGCACAAGCCACUCCACGGUGGCUACCACACCGCACCAACCGGCAGCUACCAACCUGCCACAAACUACUAG